AUGUCGCAGUUCACAAGGAAACGGCCGGCAGAGGACAGCCCGCACUCUCCUUGCAUUAGAAAGCGCAUCAGGGGACCUGUAGAUGGGGAUGUUACAGGAUCAUCCAUGGAUGAAGAAGACUCUUACAUUCACGCGGUGCGCGACACAAGCCCUGAGUCAGGCGCCACCGAGCUAGCGCUAGAGCUACAGACGACCAUAGUCAGGAUGCAGGCACAACUCGAAGCAUUACACGACGAUAUGUAUUGCGAUGAGGCUGCUCGUAAGCGGGAGAUGCGUGAGCACGAGCUGCAGAUCAAAGAGCACACCGACCAUAUUGCAGCCCUGGAAUCGAAAGUGCGGUCCCAGCAGGAUCUGCUGCGCCGGCAGUCCAUGGACCUGGAAUGUCUUCAGGGAAAAACGGAGAGCCAGGCAAAGCGAAUUGAUGAGCUCAUGCGCGCGGAACUGAUCAAGGAGAUGUUGGAUGAGCAGUGCUUGAAGUUGAUGAAGGAUGCAAUCGAGAUUCUGGAGACCUGA